GAGAGAGAGAAGGAGAGAGGGAGCGCAGCCCAGCCGCCGAGCCACGCGGGAGAGGGGGGUAAAAUGGCUUGUUCUGUGGAGAGGCUCCCGGCCGAGCAGCGGGAAGAUGUGAGGCAGAGCAAGCGGGGCAGCCUCCUGCCAGCUGAAAGGACUUUAUGCACUGAAAAGACCUCAGGAAAAUCCAAGAUGGCCGCGAAAAGGAAAGGUGGCCUAAAGCUGAACGCUAUCUGUGCCAAGCUGAGCCGGCAGGUGGUGUACGACGGCAGUUCCCAGCAUGCCGAGGGGGACCAGAGCGUGGCGGACAACAGCGAGAAGGGGAGCUCGCACUACGAGGAGGCCGACCGGCCGGAGGCCGACUUCCCCGAGGGGCUGGGCCUGGGGCCGAGCCCGGAGGAGGACCAGAGGCGGCGCGAGGCCAUCGAGAAGUGGGUGAACGGCGAGUACGCGGACGAGCUGUCGCCGGGCGGCGGCGGCGGCGGCGAGCCGCGGGAGCACAGGCCCCUCCCCCGGGAGGAGGCCCCGCCCGAGGGCGUGUACAUGGUGCAGCCCACGGGCUGCAGCGAGGAGGAGGACAACGCCGACGAGCCCGGGACCGUGUCCGGGUCCCGGGCCAGCAGUUACCGCGACGACAGGGACUCGGAGGACGCCCCCCACAAGGAGGACAGCUACACCCCUCCCAGCGAGCCUCCCGUCCGCCCGGCCCCCUUCACUCCGCCAGGUGAGGCCUCAGUGCUGCGGGACUACGCCGCCAGCACCAUGAACGAGUUCCUGGGCAUGUUCGGGUACGACGACCAGCAGGUGCGGGACGAGCUGGCCAAGAAGAUCAGCUUCGAGAAGCUGAAAGCUGCUACCUCAGACGGCUCGUCGCUGAGCAGCGAGGAGGCCAGCCGGCGCGCCCGCUUCUCCAAGUACGAGGAGUACAUCCGCAAGCUGAAGGCGGGCGAGACGCUGCCCUGGCCCGCCCUCGCCGCCAAGCCCGACGACCUCACCCCCAAGAUGGCCGCCGAGAAGCAGGGCGCCCUGAUGCAGGCGGCCGGCUGCCUCCCCGGCAACGAGGCCCACAUGUACCCGGGCCCCGGGGACCACAAGCAAGGGGGGGGCCCCCUGAGCGGGCCGCCGCCGCCCCCCAACUCCGCCGCCGCCGCCGCCGCCGCCGGCGCCAGCCCCUCGCAGAUGCAGAGCCUGGCCUCCCGCACCUCCAAGUACGACUUCUUCAUCCAGAAGCUGAAGAUGGGGGAGAGCCUGCGGCAGCAGAACGGCGGGGCCUACAAGCGGCCGUCCAAGUACGACCUGGAGAACGUCAAGUUCCUGCACCUGUUCAAGCCUGGCGAAGGCAGCCCGGACAUGGGGGGCGCCAUCGCCUUCAAGACCGGCAAGGUGGGCCGCCCGUCCAAGUACGACGUGCGCAACAUCCAGAAGCUGAUGCCGGGGAAGGCGGAGCCGGGCCUGGUGCCCAACAUCCUGUCCGCCCCGCCGCCGGGGAAUUCGGGAACGCCCGCGGCCCUCGCCACCUCCGCCGGCUCCGCCUCCGCCUCCGCCUCCGCCGCCGCCGCCGCCGCCGCCGCCGGACCGCCCGGCGUCCCGGGGGACCAGGCGGGGCCCCUGGGCUUCAGCGCCUCCGACUACAUGAAGUCCAGCUUCUCCAAGACCGACUCCAUCACCACGGGAACCGUGUCCUCUGUGAAGAACGGACUCCCGCCCGAGAAACCCGUCACCGAGGACGUCAACCUGUACCAGAAAUAUAUCGCCAGGUUUUCGGGGAGCCAGCACUGUGGACACGUGCAUUGCGCCUACCAAUACAGAGAGCAUUAUCACUGCAUGGACCCUGAGUGUAACUAUCAGGCCCAAAUUUCUCACGCUUCCCCCCCCCCCCCCCCCCCCCCCCCCCCCCCCACUCUUACCACCAGGCGCCCCGGGUGCACCUUCACCUUCAAGAACAAGUGCGACAUCGAGAAGCACAAGAGCUAUCACAUCAAAGACGACGCCUACGCCAAGGACGGCUUCAAGAAGUUCUACAAGUACGAGGAGUGCAAGUACGAGGGCUGCGUCUACAGCAAGGCCACCAACCACUUCCACUGCAUCCGCCCGGGCUGUGGCUUCACCUUCACCUCCACCAGCCAGAUGACCUCGCACAAGCGCAAGCACGAGCGCCGCCACAUCCGCUCGUCCGGCGUGCUGGGCCUGGCCUCCUCCUUCCUCAUGCCCAAGGAGGAGCUGGAGGAGUCCAGCAACGACGACCUGAUGGACUUCUCCGCCAUCAGCAGCAAGAACAGCAGCCUGAGCGCCUCGCCCACCACCCAGCAGUCCUCCUCCGGGCCGCACCUCCUGCCCACGCCCACCACCGCCGUCUCCUCCGGCCACACCAUCAAGCCCACCUCCUCGCUCACGGCCGGCGGGCGCAUGUCCGGCCUGCUCUCCCAGGCGCUGCCCAGCAACAUGCCCGUGGCCCUGGCGCUGUCCAACUCCGCCAUGUCCGGCUCCAACCCCUUCUUCCCGCUCCUGCCCCGCCUGCCCCUCCAGCUGCCCCCCUCGGCCGCCAGCCUCAUCUCGGCCGCCGCCGCCGCCUCGGGCGCCCACUCCAUGCCCACCGACUCCCUCUCCCAGUGCUCCUCGGCCACCGGGGAGGCGGCGGCCUCCACCCCCACCUCCUUCGCCGCCUCCUCCAUCAUGGAGAAGAUCUCCGCCAGCAAGGGCCUGAUAUCGCCCAUGAUGGCCCGGCUGGCGGCGGCUGCCCUCAAGCCCUCGGGCGGCCUGGACGCAGGGAACGGGCACCAUGCUCCGGGCGGCCGGUUUAAUCUGGUUCAGGUGAAGCAGGAGCCGGUGGACGCUACCUCCGGGGCCUCCCAGGACUCCGUGCAGGAGCACAGCCUGGACCUGAGCAAGAAGGACCACAGUAAUGAAUCAAACGGACAUCCUGUACCGGGAAAUACAUCUCUUUUAUCCUCGCUUAUGAAUAAGAUGUCGCAGGUGAACCCCGGGUUCUUCAGCUCUAUGAACCUGAAGGCGGAGCUGGAGGGCGGCCACGGCGUGGACAACUCCGAGGCCGCGCAGUACCUGAGCCGGGCGAUGAAGAGGCCCGUCCAGGACAAGCCCGUGGAGCUCUGGAGGACAUACCUGCGCAGGUUCGGCACGGAUGACUUCUGCGAAGCCCACUGCGACUUCCUGCAGAAGGUGCACUUCCACUGCCUGGUGGAGGACUGCGGGGCCCUCUUCAGCACUGUGGACGGGGCGGUCAAGCACGCCAACUUCCACUUCCGAGCGACCCUGAAGGUGAAGUCGGAGCCGCCCUUCAACGACUCCAAGGAGCCCAGCGAGGGCGCCAACUCCCAGCCCUCCGCGCCCGUCUCCAUGGUGACCGCGCCGGCCAUGGAGGUGCCCACCAUCACGACGGCGGGCGGCUUCGGCUCCUCCCCCUCCAUGCUGGCCUGGAAGCAGCUGGCCGGCUCCAUCCCGCAGCUGCCCGCCUCCAUGCCCAACCUGCCCGCCACCUCGCCCCUGGCCACCACCUCCCUGGAGAACGCCAAGCCGCAGGUCAAGCCCGGCUUCCUGCAGUUCCAGGACAACGACCCCUGCCUGGCUACGGACUGCAAGUACUCCAACAAGUUUCACUUCCACUGCCUCUUCGGCAACUGCAAGUACGUGUGCAAGACGUCCGGGAAGGCCGAGUCCCACUGCCUGGACCACAUCAAUCCCAACAACAACCUGGUCAACGUGCGGGACCAGUUCUCCUACUACUCUCUCCAGUGUCUCUGUCCUAACCAGCAUUGCGAGUUUCGGAUGAGGGGCCACUACCACUGUCUGAGGCCCGGCUGCUACUUCGUCACCAACAUCACCACCAAGCUGCCCUGGCACGUCAAGAAGCACGAGAAGGCGGAGCGGCGGGCGGCCAACGGGUUCAAGUACUUCACCAAGAGGGAGGAGUGCGGCCGGCUGGGUUGCAAGUAUAACCAGGUGAACAGUCACUUCCACUGCAUCCGGGAGGGCUGCCAGUUCUCCUUCCUGCUCAAGCACCAGAUGACGUCCCACGCCCGCAAGCACAUGAGAAGGAUGCUGGGAAAGAACUUUGACAGGGUUCCGUCCCAGAUGAUGUCCCACGCUCACCGGUCGGACGACAUGCACCACAUGGCCGGCAUGUCGGGCGGCUCGCUGGGCGGCCUCCACCCCGGCUACUCCAACGUGAUGGACGAGACGGACGACUACAUGGACUACGUGGGCGGCGGCAGCCCCCUGGGCCUCUCCUCCGAGUCGUCCAACCCCGACCGCAGCUGCACCAGCACCCCCGUGGAGAACGAGAGCUCCCCGGCAGGAUCAGGCUGCCAGGUCACUGUUCCUGCCUCCGCAGCCCCCGCUGACACUGCUGCUACCCACAAUGCACCUCCACCUCCUCCGCCCCAGCCUCAGCCUCCAUCUUUCUCUCCGGCUCUCCUCCGACCUCCUCUCCCCUCGCUGCCAUACCUCCUCUCUCCAUCCUGUCUCUCAUACUCUCUGCUCAGCGCCUCUCUUGGAGCCACACGGGGCGUUGUCAUGCCAACCAGCACGCAGGCUUUCAGUCCGAUCGUUGCCGCCCCGUCGCCGGUUAAAAAUGACGUCCCCAUAGUGCAGGACGCAGCAGGCAACACCAUCUCCAUCCCCACGGCGACGGGGGCCAAGAAGCGCUUCUGGAUCAUCGAGGACAUGUCGCCCUUCGGCAAGCGGCGCAAGACGGCGUCGUCGCGCAAGAUGCUGGACGAGGGCAUGAUGCUGGAGGGCUUCCGGCGCUACGACCUGUACGAGGACUGCCGCGACGCCGGCUGCCAGUUCUCGCUGAAGGUGACGCACUACCACUGCACGCGGGAGAACUGCGGCUACCGCUUCUGCGGGCGCACGCACAUGUACAAGCACGCGCAGCACCACGACCGCGUGGACAACCUGGUGCUGGACGACUUCAAGCGCUUCAAGUCGUCGCUCAGCUGCAGCUUCGCCGACUGCCAGUUCUCGGGCAACAGCACGCACUUCCACUGCCUGCGCUGCGGCUUCCGCUGCACCGACAGCACCAAGGUGACGGCGCACCGCAAGCACCACGGCAAGCAGGACGUGAUCAGCGCCGCCGGCUUCUGCCAGUUCAGCUCCAGCGUCGACUGCGAGGUGGCCGACUGCAAGUACAAGCUCAAGUGCUCGCACUUCCACUGCACCUACCCGGAGUGCAAGCACACGGUGGUGGGCAUGUCCCAGAUGGACUCCCACAAGCGCAAGCACGAGAAGCAGGAGCGCGGGGAGCUGCCUUCCGUCUCGCCCAAUCGGGAGGCCCACCUCAUGGGCGGGGCGCCCGCGUCCUCCUCUUCCUCUUCCGCCGCCGCCGCCGCCGCCGCCGCCGCCUCCUCCGCGGGUCUUCCCGGCACCCCACCCGCCGCCGCCGCCGCCGCCGCCCAGGGGUUCUCCUCCGUCAACAGCAGCCCCAUGUUCCUGCCGUCCGCCAGGGGCGGCUGCCCGGGGUACGAGCACCCCGCCUCUUCCAUCAACCUGGACGGGUCGCUCACCCUGGGCACCGACGCCAGCAGCUCGCUGUUCUUCCUGAAGAACCCGACGGGCCUGGGGCUCAACGACUCGCUGGACCUGAGCAAGAAGACGCCGCGGGACGUCCUGGCCGGGGACGGGCCGGGAGCCGGCCCCGCCCCGCAGCUCGCCGCCCCGGGCGGCCAGGACGACACCACCGGCACGUCCGGCGACGCCGAGGACGACCUCUCCCCCGAGGAGGAGAUCAACGCCGAGGACGAGGAAGAGGAGGAGGAGGAGGAGGAGGAGGAGGAGGAAGACGAGGGCGAGGAGGACAUGAACACGGACUCGUACGAAGACUCCAUGCCAGGGCCGGAGGGCCCGCAUGGCGACAAGGACAACGGAGAGAGCUUCGAUGCUUCCACAAACCACGCCGACGCUUCCCAACUGGAACCCCGAGAGGCCGACCCCUGAGCCAUGACCCCUGUACAGAAACUGAGGAGAAACGCCCCCCCCCCCACCCCCACCCGCGUACUAUGAACAAACACGAAUUAAAGUGGCCUCAUUUAACACGCGAAAAGGACAUUGCCGACGAUGACAAGACAAGACAAACAAAAAAAAUAAUUUAAAACACGACGGCCCGAAAUGAUUUAUUAUGAUGUUUACAAGAUGACCAACAUUAUUAAUUUAAUUAUGCAUAACGAAUGAACAGAAGAAGAAAAAAAAAACAUAUAGAUGAGGCCCUCUUUUACACACGG